AUGAAGUUAUAUUAUAAUGGAAAUGCAAUAGAAAAAUGGAGAAACUUGAUGGGACCAUCAAAAAUGAGCCAUUAUUUAACUAAUAACGCAAAUGAGAAUUUACGGAAAAAAUUUGCCUUAUCAGAUACGAGAAAUGUUGUACACGGUGCCGAUUCCUUUGAUAAUUUUAAUAAAGAAAUCAAAUUAUUUCACUCAUUCUUUUAA